AUGGCUCCUUACGACAGUCCCGCAAUUGCCGCAGGUUCCACCGUCCUUGUAACAGGGGCCAACGGUUUUGUUGGCGCUCACGUCACAGACCAGCUUCUCCAGCAAGGCUACAAGGUGCGAGGCACAGUGCGCGACGCCAGCAAGCACCAGUGGCUCGUAGAUCGUUUGUCCCAACAGUAUGGCGAUAACAAGUUUGAGCUCGUGACUGUCAAGGACAUGAGGGAGCCCGGCGCGUUCGACGACGCGGUGUCAGGUGUGUCCGGUAUUGUGCACGUUGCCUCAGUACGGGACAUGGGUGUCACACCAGACGAAUUGCUCCGAACCACCGUGGCCGGAACUCUGGGUUGUUUGGAGGCCGCAGCCAAAGAGCCCAGUGUGAAGCGCUUCGUGCUGACGUCGUCUUCAGCUGCGGUCCGCUCGCUGCAAGCAUACCGAGGGACUGACACAGUGUCUGCGGACGAGUAUGACGAGCAGACGCUGGCCUUGUCUAAGAACAUUCCAGAUUCGCUUCCACCGAUGCAUAAGUUCAUGAUCGCGUACUUUGCUUCUAAGGUCGCGGCCGAACAGGCAUUCUGGGAGUGGAUCAAGAACAACAAGUCGCACUUCUCUGCCAACGCAGUGCUGCCUUGCACUAUCUACGGCAGUCCGCUAGACGUGGCCCACCAGGGCUUUCCGUCUACAGCGCGUAUCCCGCUCCAGAUCUUGGACGGCGAUACUGACUCCAUCAAGCAUGUACAGCGUUUUUACUAUGUCCACGUUCAGGACGUCGCUCGUCUUCAUGUUGCCAGCUUGAUCAGCCCAGCCGUUAACAACGAACGCAUCUUUGCUUACGCUUCGUCUUACUCCAUCAACGAGUUCUUCGACAUCUUUGCGAAAGUCGUCCCAGGUUACAAGCCGCGAGACAAGCUCGAUGGUCUAGAUUUUCCGCUGGCGGAGAUCGGACCGCGAGCUAGAGCAGAAGCACUGUUGAAGGAACUUGGCCGGCCGGGGUUCAUGGGGCUGGAGGAGACAAUUACUGAUAGCGUGAAGACACGUAUCAAUGCUUCUUCGUAG